AGUCGCUAUACGACUCCAACACGCUAAGUGAUGCAUCUGCCGGCUUUAAGACAUAAUUGAGAAAAGUGUUAAAAAAAUUUCCACAAUUUUUGCGACAAGUGAUAACCCCGAUAUUCAGUGCGGAACGAAAAAUUUCCAUCCUAACCUUAUAUCAGAGGCCAGCUAGUGUUACAGCCCUACGGGGCCUCGGAUAGCAGCGCCAAAGCAUCUAACCUCAGCUUUACGAAUUAAACGAGGAAAUAUACGACUGAAAAAUGGAGCAAUUCGAGCAGCUAUUGACGUGCGCUAUUUGCUUAGACCGGUACAGAAAUCCAAAGCUUUUACCAUGCCAGCACAGCUUUUGUAUGGAACCAUGCUUAGAAGGCACUGUAGAUUACGUUAGAAGACAGAUCAAAUGCCCAGAAUGCCGCGCAGAACACAGAAUACCAUACAAUGGAGUCCAAGGAUUUCCAACAAACGUAACCCUUCAACGCUUUUUGGAACUGCACAUAGAAAUAACUGGAGAACUGCCCGAUCCAACCAGUGGACAGAUAAUGGAAAGAUGCAACGUCUGUUCAGAAAAAGCAUACUGCAGCUUCUGUUCUCACUGCGACAAAAAAAUAUGUGAAGAGUGUAAAUCAGCACAUAUGGAAAUAUUAAGACGAGAAAUUUCUAGGAUAAAUAAUCAAAUCAGAAGGGGCAUUCACAGGUUGCAGGAUACUCUAGCUUUAGUAGAAAAGAACUCACAAAAUAUGCAAACGAACUGUUUAUCAGUUGGUGAGGAAGUUGAAGAAAUAUAUAGAAGACUUAGCAAAGCUUUAAAAGACCGUACUGACUACUUAAGAGGAGAAUUAGACAGAUAUCUUGGUACAGAAGUAAGAAGUCUUACUACGCUAAAAGAAAAUUUAGAGCUAGAAAUAUCGAAUAUUUUAAGUAAUUGCGAUCUAGCUGAUAAACAUAUGAACGAAAACGUAGAUAUCUGGGAUGAUUGCGAGCUUAUGGAUGCCAAAGAAAUAUUUUUGAAGACUGUAGAGUUUAUUCGUAAUUUUGAAUAUGAAAACGCUGACUACAGUCGAAAAGUAAGGUUAGUUUUAGCACAUGAUCCCAAUCAAUUGGUACUCCAUGUUGCUGGUUUUGGUGAUCUUAAUUUACCAAGUCAGUCACACUUUGGUCAACAGUCUGGAUUGUUGCAGCCUCCAAAUUCUGGAUUGAUGAGGUCUAAGAGCGACCAUCGAUUAGCCUCACAAUUUAGACAACAAGAAGAAAGAGGAUAUGGGGAUCGAGGCUAUAAUGAUGAAGAUCAAGUUAUAGGAGGAAGGAAAUUUGGGGAAAGACCAAAAAGUACUGGAGAAAGUCGUUAUGGUCGUGGAGGUGAUUAUGGGGAUGACUAUGAUCAUGACACUAGACCAACACGAUCCAAAUAUAGUAGGUUUAGAAGACAUCAAGCAACAGAAAAUGAUUCAGAUACCGAACCAACCACUAGAGUGAGAUUUAAUGAGCAAAAGGAACGAGAAAGGGCAUUUGAUACAGAAGAUGCAUCUAGAGGCCCUCUAAGUGGAAUAACUAGGCUUGCAGACUCACCCAGGGUGAUGAAAAAAAUGCAGGAACAUGAAAGUGGCAAAACCAAGAAAAAGGAAGAGCCUACUCCUGCCCCUGUCCAACCCAAAGUUGUGCCAAAAAGGCCUCCUCCACCAGCCGUAAGGCAAGUUAGUGAAGAAGACGAAAUAUCUAGAAUUAAGAAACAAAACAAAGGGGCUACUACGUCAACGGAUACAACGACAGAGACAGUGAGACCUGCUACUGAAGAAAGACAGAGGAAAACACCAGCCCCUGAGGCUGUCUCCAGCGCCGAAGAAAGUGAGGAAUCUGUAAAUUCUCGUCAACAGAGUCAAAAAAAGACACCCCCUAAAAGUGCCACCGCAGCAUCUCCAAGGCGACCAUCUGACGCAAGCCACAAAAAAACCGCAAGGUCAGCUAGCUCUGAAUCUCACACGUCUUCCGAAUCCUCGACGUCUUCAAGCGCAGUUCGAUCUACUGGAGCACCUUUCACCACAGACGAGGUUAAGAAAAAAAUUCUUUCUAAAGUAGAACCAACUACACCAAGUAAAAAGGUUUCUUCGCCUGUCCAAAAUAAACCUUUCCAAAGUCGAUUCUUGCAAAACAAAACUACAACAGCUCCACCUAAGGAAGAAGAAGAUGAAACGGAAACUAGCUCUGAAGAAGAAACUGAAUCUGAAGAAGAAUCUGAUGAGGAAACACAGAAAACUGAUACUAAGGAAAUUGCAAAAUCUGAUAUAGGUCCUCUUUUAGCUAGAAGUGCUAACGCGAGAGAUAAUAGUGUCGAAAGCGUUCGCAGAAAAAGUAGAGAUGAAGCUGAAUCUCCAGUAAGGACGAGAUAUGGGACUACGAGAGAUGAACCGUCCAAAUAUUCUAGAAGUAGGACAUCGACUGUAACGGAAGAAGAACCACCUAAGUAUGGUUACACAAGUCGAUUUUUAAGCAAAAGCAAAAGUUCCGCAGCUCUGCCUCCAGAAGAUGAAGACCAUAGUUCGAGUAGGUACAAUUCUACUGCAGAUGACGUUGAUAGUAAGUACCCAGCAAGCGGUCGUUCCCGCUAUAUGGCUUUGAAAGAACGAAGGCAACGAUUAGCUAGAAGUAGAAGCAGCCAACAAUUUGGAGACGAUGAAGAUAUAGACGAACCAGUUUCACCAACAACUUCCAAUCCUUCAGCUUAUCUUGCAGCAAAGGGGUAUGGCUCUUCAUCAUCAGCUCAUGACCUUGCAAGAAGCCGGUACGACUACUUGUGGAUUUUAUUUGCAAUAUUGUUGUUAUGGUUGAAGUUUGUGGACGUAACAGCUGCUGAUAACACCGUAAACCACAACAGAUCUCUACUAGUCCGAAUGCCUGAAAUAUAUUUUUACAACACAAGUUCUUCUCAUGCGCUGAAAUCAAGAGACAAUUCUCCAGAUCGUUCGACAGCAUCGGCUGCAGAAAAAGAUGGAGCAGCGUUAAGUUCUUGGGCGAGAUAUCUCAAGAGCAAAUACGGAAAUAGAAGCGGAACGAAAGACAAAGACGUUUCAUCGAGUGCGAGUACUCCUUCAGCGAGUAGUUCAGGAGCGGCAAGAAGAUUGUCUUUGGGAUUGCCUUUAAGAUCUUCAACAGAGUUAGCAAGUUCUGAUGAUGAUUCAAAAAACAUGCAAGGCUCCCCCACUACCCCUACAGCAGCUAUAGCAGUGGCAGGUAUCGCCCAAGCAGUAGCAGGUACCACCCCUAGAAGCCAGUACCUUCAAAAGUGCGAGCAGCUGUUUCAAAUAGGUAGCCGGGGGAGCGAAGCCGGAUGCUUCACAUGGCCGCGCGGUGUUGCCGUCGGUCCAGACAAUACUAUCGUCGUUGCCGAUUCCUCCAAUCACAGAGUUCAAGUUUUCGACGCUAACGGACGUUUUAUUAAAGAGUUCGGACAGUAUGGUAAUAAAGAGGGAGAGUUUGAUUGUCUUGCUGGUGUUGUUGUCAAUCGUAUAGGACAGUACAUCAUUGCUGAUAGAUACAACCAUAGAAUACAAGUUUUCGAUCCAUCAGGACGCUUUUUAAGAGCAUUUGGAAGCCAAGGGACUGCAGACGGUCGUUUCAACUAUCCUUGGGGCAUAACAACAGAUGCUUUAGGGUUCAUAUAUGUGUGUGAUAAGGAAAAUCACAGAGUGCAGGUUUUCCAAUCAGAUGGCACAUUCGUGGGAAAAUUCGGUUCCAUGGGCAACAAAGAAGGCCAGUUGGAACACCCUCAUUAUAUAGCAGUCUCAAAUACGAACAGAGUAGUAGUUUCAGACUCCAACAACCACAGAAUUCAGAUAUUUGACGUAAACGGUAAAGUCCUCACUUCCUUCGGAUCCGAAGGCUCAGAAGAAGGUCAAUUCAAAUUCCCAAGAGGGGUAGCAGUUGACGACCAAGGAUAUAUCUGCGUUGCUGAUUCUGGAAACAAUAGAAUCCAGAUAUUCAGCCCUGAUGGCGGUUUUCUGAGAGCUUUUGGUUGCUGGGGCAUUGGAAAAGGAGAGUUUAAAGGAUUAGAAGGCGUUGCUAUGACUCCAAACGGGCAUAUUUUGGUGUGCGAUCGGGAAAAUCAUAGGAUACAAGUUUUCUGAAAGAGUUUUUGGUUUUAAUCGAAAUAAUAAUAACUUUUUUCCAAUAUAAAGUGUGUUUAACUGACAUCAAUAAAUCUAUUUGCAUUUU